AAGCAACAACUAAUCAAAACGGCGUAAAUGUCACUCAACUAGGAAGUGUCUGUUGCCUAACGACCAUUAAUGUUGUAAACAUACUACAUGCAACAUGUCUCGCGAAAAGAGUGUUAAAGUGAAAGAAGUUAUUACUUCUCUCUGUAAAUUACUGUCUGUAUUAAGCGUCGAGUCGAUACCAACAGCUGAGGCAUUCAGGAGAGCCAAAUUCAACAGAAAAGAUGCGGCAGUGGACAUGUGGAGUUUGCUAAGCAGGCUUUUGCAGAAAGCUUUUGCUCUGGAUUGUGCAUGCUGGGACUUCAGAGACCAAGACUAUGAUAUGCAGCUGCUGUUUGUCAGGAGUGCUCUGUGUUACUGUGGCUAUGGGGCCCCGUGGGUGGUGGGGCCCUGGUCCCCCAGUCACAUAAAAGAGGUGCGGAGCCGCGAUUUGCUCCUGGCGUUCGGCUGGGUGCUGUCAUCAGGGAAUCUGCUAGACUUCAUGCUGGCUGAGAAGGUUCAUCAGUUUGACACACUCUCAUCUGCACCAUUGAUCCCCCAAGGUCUAAUACUUGGACAGCCUGACGUAGCGGCACAUGGACCAGGAGAGGAUGCCUCAGUGAAGAAGCACCCGGUACUACAGGCACUGCAGUGGGAGUAUGGGAAACUCAGACUUCAGUGGAAGAGCUUACUCUCAGCCCAAGAGGAGAGGUCCAAAUUCACCCAUAGGGUUAUCUCCAGUAUCAGCCCCUCUGCUGUCUGUCAGCCUCACAUCACUGGUUCCCAUCACAGCAACACGACAUCAACUGCUCUUGACAAGGAGCUGGAGCGGAUACAAGCGUUGAAUGGAAUUCUGGAGGCGUAUCUGGAUUGGAAAUGCCACGAACCUUUAUUCUGGUGCUGGAUGGACAGCGUGAUCGACAGCUCCCUCGCUGAUGCGUCCGAGGUCGAUCUUGCCGAUUGGCCACCAGGGGAGCGGGCUGUCACGGUGAGGUGUCCCCACGGAGACGAGACCAGGAGAGCAGUCAGACGACUUGACAAGAUGUUGCUAAGGCUGCAGACAGAACUGAGAGCCAGAAGAAUAGAGCAGUCCACUCUCACACUCACCUCACAGGGGGGACGUCAAGGGGCUUCUCGGCUCUCUGAAAGUCAGAGAAUGGAGGUGGAGAAGAAGGUUUCAGGCUAUUUAGAGGGUCUCCGUCUUACUAACACCUCCGCAAUCACAUCAAGAGGCUUUUUGCCAUGUCUACAGGAUCCACAGCCCACAAAGACACCUCACAGGUUCCACACCGGAGAACCUGGCCUGGACGUGACAGCUGGGAAGCUCCAGGCAUCGACAGCUCUGGAUGAGCUGAGGGAGAGGGCGGCUGUACUGCGGUGGCAGCUGGAACGAUUGAGGCAAAAUAUGAGAAUGGAAAUGCAGAGACAGGCCGGCACAAUGGAGAGGAUGGUUCUCAUCCCACCAAUUAAGAGAUAAAUACAUUUUUUGUGUCACUGUAUGCACUGGGUUCCUGACAUAAAGUUGGACAGGCUGCAUUUUGAGUCCCUAAUUAAGGUGAACAUGUUAGUGUUUGAAUUAAAACUCUAACUUAUGGAUGUUCUGCAUUAGAGAAUCAAUUUCUUAUGUAUUUAAAAAUGACUGCCGCUGUGUGAAUGUCUGUGUGCAUAGAAAAUAAAGAAUCUUCAAGGCCA